AUGGCCGCCUAUAGCAAGUACCUGACCGCGCGUCAUUCCGUGGUGGCCGGCGCGGCCGCCUGCGUCCUGCUCUGCUUGCUCAAGAAGCGCCGGAGAGCGGCUGCCAAGCACAGUAAGAAAAAUGAAAAACCAACAUUGCAGAAUAAUGAGAAAGAAGCAAAGAAAGAGCGAGCAGUCGUGGACAGAGUGUUCGUUGCAAGAAUAUGUCGAAUCCUGAAAAUAAUGGUCCCUAGAACAUUUUGUAAAGAGACAGGUUAUUUGAUACUUAUUGCCGUUAUGCUGAUAGUGCGCACAUAUUGUGAUAUUUGGAUGAUUCAAAAUGGAACAGUUAUUGAAAGUGCUAUCAUUGGUCGCAGCAGAAAAGAUUUCAAGAAGUACUUAUUCAACUUCAUCGCUGCCAUGCCUGCUAUCUCCCUGGUAAAUAACUUUUUGAAGUAUGGGCUAAAUGAACUUAAACUUUGUUUCCGAGUAAGACUCACCAAAUACCUCUAUGAGGAAUAUCUACAGGCUUAUACGUAUUACAAAAUGGGAAAUCUGGACAACAGAAUAGCUAAUCCAGAUCAACUGCUUACACAGGAUGUGGAAAAAUUCUGUAACAGUGUAGUGGACCUCUACUCAAACCUUAGUAAGCCAUUUUUGGAUAUAGUUUUGUAUAUCUUCAAGCUGACAAAUGCAAUAGGAGCGCAGGGUCCAGCUACCAUGAUGGCCUACUUGAUAGUUUCAGGCUUUUUCCUUACGCGUCUAAGGAGGCCCAUUGGCAAGAUGACAAUUGCUGAACAAAAAUAUGAAGGGGAGUACAGAUUUGUCAAUUCACGGCUCAUUACAAACAGUGAAGAAAUUGCUUUUUAUAAUGGGAAUUUAAGGGAAAAACAGACGAUUCACAAAACCUUUCAUAAACUGGUGGAACAUUUGCAUAAUUUCAUCUUGUUUCGGUUUUCUAUGGGAUUCAUAGAUACUAUUAUUGCCAAAUACCUAGCUACUGUGGUUGGUUACCUGGUCGUUAGUCGUCCGUUUCUGAACCUAGCUCAUCCUCGCCAUCAAAAGAGUACCCAUUCAGAACUCCUAGAGGAUUACUACCAAAGCGGAAGAAUGUUGUUGAGAAUGUCUCAAGCUCUGGGCAGAAUAGUCCUGGCAGGCCGUGAAAUGACCAGAUUGGCUGGCUUCACAGCUCGAAUUACAGAAUUAAUGCAAGUACUAAAGGACUUGAACAGGGGCAGAUAUCAGCGUACUAUGAUAUCGCAACAUGAAAAAGGUAAUUAUGACGGAAAUAGAACCCAAACGAUUCCCUUGAUACCUGGGAGUGGAGAAAUUAUCAACACUGAUAAUCUUAUCAAGUUUGAUCAUGUUCCAUUAGCAACGCCUAAUGGAGACAUUUUGAUUCGAGACCUUAAUUUUGAGGUUCGGUCUGGUGCAAAUGUUCUGAUUUGUGGGCCAAACGGAUGUGGGAAGAGUUCACUUUUCCGUGUUCUUGGCGAGUUGUGGCCUCUGUUUGGUGGAUGUCUAACCAAGCCUGAGAGAGGAAAGCUUUUCUAUGUUCCUCAGAGACCAUAUAUGACGCUAGGAACCCUCAGAGACCAAGUAAUAUAUCCAGAUACCGUAGAAGACCAGAGGAAGAAGGGGAUAGCUGACCAGGUGCUGAAGGAGUACUUGGAUAAUGUCCAGUUGGGUCAAAUCCUGGAACGUGAAGGUGGCUGGGAUAGUGUUCAAGACUGGAUGGAUGUGCUCAGCGGAGGAGAAAAACAGAGGAUGGCAAUGGCAAGGUUAUUUUAUCAUAAACCUCAGUUUGCAAUUCUGGAUGAAUGUACAAGUGCUGUUAGCGUUGAUGUAGAAGGCUACAUUUACAGUCAUUGCCGGAAAGUUGGCAUCACUCUCUUCACUGUCUCUCACAGAAAGUCCCUCUGGAAACACCACGAUUUUUACCUGCACAUGGAUGGUAGAGGAAAUUACGAGUUCAAGAAGAUAACUGAAGACACAGUUGAAUUUGGAUCUUAAAAUCCAUAAAGCUGCAACUACUACAGAGACUGAUAAUUACAGAGAACAUGUAGAAAGGAAAAGUACAUAGCAAGAUAAAACUACUUGGCUUGUUUUUAAACAAAUUAACUAGGUAUAGGAUAAUCCAAAGCAAGCUAUUAAGCAUUUAUUAUUAUGUAGGAUAUUGCUAAUUGUGUAUAUGUUGGUUUAAUUAUUAAUAUGUACUAAGAAUGUCCUUAUUCUUGUGGUUAAAAACCUGCCUAAAUUAAAUUGGGCUUA